AUGGCGUUCUCCAUCUACGAGCUUGAUGACGAUAUAAGGCGUCUUCUCAACCUCGACAACUUCCUAGAAGGGUUAUCGAUCCCUGAGUUUGUCGAAGAAUUGAGCAAAGACCACAUUUUGAAGGGUGCUGAGGUCAACAAGCUCGAAUACCUCGAUCCGAAACCCUAUAUCAGAACAUUUGAAAGCACAUUAAAGGAGCUUGACGAGCUCCGCAAGCACGCAAACCGCCGUCGGGAAGACGCUGAGAAAAAAGUGGACGAUUUUGAGCUUAAACACAGCGAGAAUGUGUUGGAACUCUCGUCCAAAGUUGAUUCGGUCACCAAGAAAUUUGAUUCGCUCGAUGUGAAGAUUAGUGGCGUGUCGCUGAAGAUCGACCCGUUGGGCCAGCUGCUCAACAAAAUCACCAACUCGCGUGAUAGGUCGACAGAAACUAUUUUUCUCAUCAGAGCCUACCAUGGAUUCUACACCAAAGACAAAUAUGAUCCGUUGGAAUACCUCCGUACGAGCAACGACUACGACGACAGGGUUAAGUGUGCGAAAACAGUGAACAAUUUGCUUACUUUGGCCAAGAAAAUAGAGGCACCUGAGUUUGCCAAAACCGCAAAGUGUGUCAAGACUAUCGAGAAAUUUGCCGAGACCAUGGAGCUUGAUCUCUUGGAGAGCUUCAGAACCGCAUCCAAGGAUGAUGACUACGCCAAAAUGCGCGAGGUUACCAACAUUUUGUUCCAGUUCAAUGGAGGAGCUACCGUGGUCCAAGUAUUCGUUAAUGAACAUGAAGUGCUUUUGGACGACGGUCUGAGCGAGGAAAACCCACUUUUGGACGACGAGGCUUUCUGGACGAAGCUUUCAGACCCGAAUUAUGGUGAUACUGUCCAAGAUGAAGCCACUAAAACCAGCUUGGAAGCAUUGCGAGUCUCGAUCAAGGGCCAAGCUCGUAUCAUUCGUGAGGUCUUUGAAGAUACCACACCUGUACUCAAGAUUCUCUUUCAGCGUAUCUACGCCCAGAUAAUCCAAAACCGGAUCGGCACGCUGCUUCAAUACUCCUUGUCUGUCCUGACGUUAGCUCACAUUCGAAUCUUGCAUGCAUUAUACGUAUUGGUGAGCGACUUCACCAAUGACAUUAAAGAGUUUCUCAGCGCCAACGACCUCGACAAAAACAACGAGUUGGCACUGAUUUUAGAUCAAAGUAAUUUUGACCUUUUCAUCGAGUACUUGUCGGACGAUACCUACUUAAGCAGGGAGAAGAAAACCUUAGAGGAAACAGUUUACAAUUUUGCCCAUGGCUAUAACGUUUAUCAUGAAGCUGCCCUUAAUAACAAAUAUUUGACCACAAGACUUGAAAAUUUGGACAAUCUUGAGUUAAAGAACAAAACUCAAUCACAAGACAAUCGGUUCAGUUUCCAUUUUCUUGAGAAAAAGCGAAUCAACCAGUUUACUACUUACAUGAAAACUCAUAUAGCUGAUAGGGUACCCCGAAAAUCAGUGGAUAACGACGAACCUGACUACUCCGAAGAUGCACAAUUAGAUGUUGCGAAGGUGGGAAUUGUCGUAAAAUCGGCUAUAGAAUCAAUCGCCAGAAUUUUGGAGCUUGCCCAGCAAAAAACCCCAGAGUAUUCUCUCGAAAUAUUGGAGAUUCUCUUAUUUGACUUUGGUAAACUCUACAUUGGAGCCGGUCUCGAAGUGGCGUAUGACACAUUGAAACAUGAAAGUGCAAGCCUGAAAGCUGGAAACUUUCCAAACCUUUCAUUUUUGGCUGCGGUUGGCCUGACAAGUGAAUUUCUCUUUUUAUUAUCAUCUUGCAUCAAGAAAAUCAUUCUUCCUUGUGCUGUGAAUGUCCCCAAUAUCAAAAACAGAAUGACAGGGCUUACGAAUACCUACAUUUCUCGUUGUGAGAUUUCCAUCAACAUUAUUGUUAAUGAGACUAUAGAAUUCAUUUGCCAACGAGUUGCAAACGCAUUGGCAAAGCAAAAGAAACGAGAUUUUGUCAGAGACAAUAUCAGUGAAGACGAUACUGAAUCAUGUGAAGAAGUUGCAGCUUUCUUAACGUACUGCUAUGAAGAGCUUCUGAAAUACUUGAACAGUACCAACUUGCAUAAUGUCUUGGUCAAAAUUGGCCUGAAUGUCCUCAAUCAGCUUUUGGAACAUUACAAAAAGUUUUCUGUGAAUUCCACCGGUGGUAUAAUUCUCACAAAGGAUGUCAUUACGUAUCAAUCCGUCAUUGACCACUGGCAGAUUCCUGAGCUAUCGGAGAACUUCCAGCUCUUGAAGGAGAUUGCAAACUUAUUCACAGUCCAUCCAAACUUGAUCAAUUCGUUGGUAACCGAAGGACAGCUUGCAAACUUGAAACCAUACACUAUCAGACAGUACAUUUCAAAACGUUCAGACUUUAACCCUAGUUAUCUCGAGCGGUUUUUUAGUUUCAAGUAA